CCAAAGCCGCUUGGGCAGAGGUGCUUCUGGAUACUUUUGGGACUGGGUGGCUGGACCCUGACUUUUAUUAUGUGCCAUGUUGUCCCCUCCUGCUGUAGUUUUGCACCCUUACAGCCUGCCUGUCUACCCUCCGGCACCCCAAUGUUACUCCGGGCUGGUUCAGGGUAGCGCAGAUGCUACAGUGCCGCCAACUGAUGCCAUGACCCAGACAUUCCCAGCUCAGUACCCUCCACCACCACCUCAGGCCCGGCUGCCUCCACAGUAUCAUCUCCACAGCACCGCUUCAGAGUACCCAUCUCCUACAGCCUCAGAUCACAGCCUGCGCAUCUUCACUGAACAAGGAACAGCUGCACCAGAGCCACUGCCACUGCCUCCACCACCUGCUCCAGAGGAGGUCCCUGUACCUGAGCUGUCUCCUGAAGCAGAGGAAACUGAAAGCGCUGAGAACAAGAGCCAGCCCAAACGCCUCCAUGUGUCCAACAUCCCUUUCCGCUUUCGUGACCCAGACUUGCGACAGAUGUUUGGGCAAUUUGGAAAAAUCCUAGAUGUGGAGAUCAUCUUUAAUGAGCGUGGCUCAAAGGGCUUUGGCUUUGUCACCUUUGAAAACAGCCAAGAUGCUGACCGGGCACGAGAGAAGCUGAACAGCAGCAUUGUAGAAGGGAGGAAGAUUGAGGUCAAUAAUGCUACAGCCCGUCUGGUCACCAAGAAACCUCCAGCAACACCUGUGGUGAAUGGUUGGAAGAUCAAUCCUAUGGUUGGUGCAGUGUAUGCUCCUGACUUGUAUACAGUGGCAAGUAUCCCAUAUCCCAUGAUGGCACCAGCUGCCCUGGCAUAUCGUGGGGCACUGCGAGGGCGCGGUCGAGCCACCAUUUAUAAUCCUAUUCGAGCAGCACCUGCACCUUCUCCUGUUCCAGCCUAUGGAAGUGUACUCUAUCCAGAUGGUCUAUAUGGUUCCGAUAUCUAUGGUUAUCCUGCAGCCUACAGAGUGGCCCAGACACCGGCGGCUGCAGCAGCAACAGCAGCAGCUGCUUAUAGUGAUGGGUAUGGACGGGUCUACACUACAGCUGAGCCCUAUCACCAUGCAGUGACCCCUGCCUAUGGAGUUGGUGCCAUGGCUAGCUUGUACCGAGGAGGAUGCAAUCGAUUCACUCCGUACUGAAGGACCAAGCGCUGGUGCUAAGAAACUAGGAAAUGCCUGUGAACUGUUGGCAUAGAUGGUGGGACCUGGCACUAAGAACCUGUGUGUGUGUGUCUGUGUUCAUGUGUAAGGAAAAGAGGCGGGGAGGUGGGUGCUUGGUGCAAAUCCCUGCCAAACCAUCAUACACUGUUGCUGCGACUGGACAGAGGAAAAAUUGGGAGUCUCUCCUAAUCCCGCUCAGUUUCAAAAUUACGUCUCGCAUUGUGCUGUCGGACAAAGUUGGAUGCAGAAAAAUUUGAUAAGUUGCAAAGUCACUGCUAGUUUACAAAUCUUGGGAGCAGCAAAGUGCACUGGAUUAAAACCUAAUCUUAGAAUAGCCUCCUUUUGGGACUAAAUAAUUCCCAGAAUCCACCAUCUUGAGGGAGUAAGAAUUUAGACAAUCUUGGGAGCUGUAGUCCAAAAGAGAUAACUUUUCUGAUCUCUAAUUUAAAAAUUAUGGUGCCUGGGGUUGGGGAGAGUUGGAAAGCUAACAAAGUCACUAUGUUUCAACCACAUCCUUGAGCAUGAGAUCACCUGAAGUAUGUUUAGAGAUGCUUCAGAGAUAAGAUGGUUUUUGCAGGCUCCAAUCACAGUUUAAAACCUAUUUCCCAUGUAUUCAACUAUCAUGGCACAAACUUAAGAAUCCUGGGAGAAAUUCAAGUAGGGAGUAAUGUACUGUCUAUGAAUCGGUCUGUGCCCAACAGGACAGUUUUUUGACUUUGGUGCUUCUGUGUGGAGUACUAUGACAAUUAACUAUUUUAAACUCAGACUCUGAAUUUAUGCUUGCAUAUAUCACAGACUUCUAUCAGUAACAGCUUCUCCAAAGGAUCCUGGGAACUUUAGUGUGAAAACAUUGCCUACAGUUCUCAGGGAAAUGUAACAACUGUUUCCCUAGUUAAUAUUUUCUGUGACAGACAUGACAUAUGGUAGAAAUGGACACCUUUGAGACCUUAGAAGGUGAUGGGCAGGAAUUGCCACCAAUCCUGACCAUCAGUCAUGCUGACUGGGGCUGAUAGAAGUUUGGAGUUGUUGCUGGGAGAGCCAAAGGUUUCCUGUCCCUGCCAUAGAGAUCGUGUCAUUCAAAACCAGCUGGAGUUCUUCCCUUGCUUCUCUCAUUCCCUCUACUUUUUCUUCUCUUUGAUUGCUUUGUGAUAUUUCUCUCUUUAAUGCUGUGCUUCCACUACACUCUUUUAUUGUGUUCUGUCCUAUGUUUUAGCUCUGCUUUGGGUAUCAGUUCAGGACAGACAGUGGUUGAAUCAAGCUUCAUUUUUCUGUGAAAACGUUUGGAAUGUUUUUAAUGCAUCAUUAUUAUCAUUUUAAAUAAUUAUAUUUUUAAAACAAUAAUGUUUUAUUUAUAAAUAACAAUUCUUACUUUUAAUUCUGUCCAAGAGGAAAAAGUGUUAACACGUAAAGCAUGUGAUCUAGUGCAGGACUGAACCCUAAGGAUUUUAUUUUAAGGCAGUUAGAAAAGAAAAGAAAAGUCUAUUAGACUUCAUCUUAAGUACUUUCAUUUCCCCCUGAAAGCUGCUGAUCCCAAAGCAGAAUCUGUUUCUAUUCCUAUCAAUUUGCUUCACACCUGUAUCUGGUUUUGAGUGUCCGUGGCAUUGUUCCUGCUCUGUUCAUAGUUCAAUAUCUCAGGGAAAUCCUUCUAAAUAGAUGCUUGUUCUUUUCACUGUUUUCUUGUUACUGUAAUAAAAUCCUGAUUCUGGCUAA